GACCUGCCUUUGUUUAAGAUCAUCACCAGCGACACCGCACCUCUGUAUAGUAGUACAGCCAUUCCACCCCAUGGUACUUUUAUCUUUCAAUCGUGUAAUCGCCUAGGCACCUUGUCAUGCUGGCCCCUUCCAGAAACCACAGAGCAGAAGCAAAGUUUAACGUUGCCACUGAAUUCCCACAUCUAGGGCUUCAUUCAGCUGCUGUAUCAGGCGAUAUCGGACUAGUUCAGUUUGCUCUCAAUCAUGGUCAACCCGUCAAUUCUGUACUAGACGGCGUUCUCCCUCUACACGCUGCUUGUGCAGGUGGUAAUGAUCUCGUAGUCAAUCUUCUCAUAAAACACGGAGCAGACGUCAAUGCAUCAAGACUUCCCCGCAGGUAUUCAGAUCGCAGCCGUGAUUGUGCCGCCGCUCCUAUUGUCGGUCCUUCUGGUGCAACCCCACUUCAUUUCGCUGCUGCAAACGGUCACGCAAGCGUCGUUCGCACACUUCUUAUCCAUGGCGCCCAUCCUAAUCGUCCAGAUAAGCACGGCAUCACCCCUGAGGUCGUCGCCCGUCAAAAUGGCUGGAUUGAGUGCGCUGAUAUCCUCGCAAGCGAGAUUCUUGCACGUGCACGCGGUGAUAAUACACCCGAUAGCGACGGUCAUUCCUCUAGGGAGCGGUCCCAUGCUCCUGUCGAGCACCUUGAAUCUUCCCUAAGAAAGAAGCUCCACUUCAAGCGCUCUAUCGACCACGCUCUUACCGCACUCAAAGUCGCAAGUGGCGCUCCUGAUAUCGACCAACAACCACCCUUUGUGCGCUCUGGAUCCUCUGAACAAGAUGACAUACAACCUCAAGACUCGCCAUCGUCUGGUCGUCGCCCAUCUCUUCACGACGAACAACCUCACCGUCCCUCACUCCCAAAAAUUUCACGUCGUCCGAGAUCGGCAGGCACAGGCGCCGAGGCUACCCCUCCCAGAAAACUAAAUUCUAAGCUGUCACUCCUCAGCUUGUUCAAGAAAUCAAAUGUCGAUGCUUCUUCGUCUAGCGUUACCUCCGUCUCAGAGCUCCCGAUCAAUUCCCCCCCUUCUUCUUCAUCACCAGUUCCUGUCCCUGGGACAGCAUCGCCCGCAUCAACUGCGGCAAUAAUAUCUUCCCCACGCCUCUUCCCCGCACCUCUCUCAUCAUCUCCGCACGAGACACCCGCGCAUGAACUUCACCGCCGCAGGCUUGAAACCAAUCCUGCACGCGCUUCCCCCGACCCAAAUCCAUGGCAUCGUUCUACCAGUUCCUCGUCCACACCUGGCGAGGAAAUACCGGAGCCAACAGCCCCUGUGAGACCAGGCAUAUUGCGCAUGCACGCUCGCUCAUCUUCAGGCCAAGCCUCCCAGCAACUCCCCACAUCCCGUAUUAUCCGCUUUGACAACUCUACCUCCAGUUCCUCCUCCCUCGCCGCACGCGCGCGUAGCCCACCAUCACGUGGGAGCGUUCCACACGACAGCCGCCUGCGUACCCUUAGCAUGGGAGCAGGCGCCUCGGACGUCGAUCGUAUACCAGAUACAAUCGAAGAAUCCCCUCGCAUACCGCAGUCUCCUCCCCCGAUCCUAGUCAACGCCAUCGACCUCGAUGACCUCGAAGACGAAGAAGAAGAAUACGGCGUACCCAUUUUCCACUCCGCAUCCACGCCCAACAUCAUGCUCACCCCCGACCGCGCAGUCCCAGUGUCCGCUCAAUUCCCAUUCAGCAUCAACGUGCCUCCUCCUGACGACAGUAUUAUGUCUUCUGAAAGUCGUCUGCGUGGAGACUCUGUGAGCAGCGCAGGCACGACGGGUACUGCGAGCACGUACACGCAAUCUAGCUCGAGCGACGCAGCAUGGCCUCCAACGCCCUCCUUCUCCGGCGCCAGUCCCCUAAUUGCGUCCCGCUCCAUGGACACGGACACCAGCAUAGGUAUAGACGGACUCCCCAUGUCCCCCCGCGUUCGCCGAACGCCUUCAGGUCUCGACAUUUCCUCCAUAUCCUCACGAGCGGCGGUAGAAGCGCUCGUUCAGCGGGCGCAGCAAUCUGUCCUUGACAUGGCUGUUGAUUUGGAGGAGAAUUCGAAGAGAGAUAAAGGGACUGGACGGACGCCUUUGAGCUUGAGGUUGGCGAUGUUUGGGGAGAGUUUGGCUAUUGAGAGGAUGAUGAAGGAGGAGGAGGAGGCUGUCGAAAAGGGACUGCUAGUUGUUGAUGCGGGGACGACACCUCCUGCCAGCGGUUUGGGUGUGGGCGAGAGGUCCUUGUUGUCGAGCAGUAGGCCUCGCGCUGUGGAUAUGACUUUUUCGAGGAGUAGUAGCGGGAGUGGUGCAUCUAGUGAGGACGCGUCGCUCCAGCAUCGCACACGGAUAGCAUCAGACGAAAUUAGGCGGACGGCCUCUGCUGAUUUCAGGCGGACGAUGUCAGAUUCGCCCUUUGACGGCAUCACGCGAACCUCGGAUAACACCCGACGCACGCGCAGUCCCCCUGUCGCAUCGCGACACCUCCCACUCCCACUCCCCCACCAGGACUCACAGCAUCCACAUCCCCUGCCACUCCCCAGCCCACGCACGCAGAAAUCGUAUGAGGCGUUCGCGUAUACGCCACCGCGGUCGCGUACGCCUGACCCAUACGAUACAGACCCAGAUGAAGAUGCAGAACUGCCGGGUUUGGGUAUCGGUUUGGGUAUGGGCAUGGGUAUACCUCUCUCGCGCAUCUCAACAGCCCCUACGCACGUUGGGCGCAUAUCCACGGCGCGGAAUGACGUCUCAACAAUGCGUAGGCUAUCACCACCAGCACGUAAUAUCUCAUUGACGGCUGCACGGAACAUCCCAACGAAGUCAUCAGCACGUAAUGCAUCGCCUGCAGCACGGACUCUAUCAUCGUCAGGACCACGUGACAUCUCAGCGACGCCGGCUGCACGAAGUGUGAAUAAAUUAUCUCGGAUGGGGUUCUCGACGCUGGAGGGGUGGCAGCCGGCACCGAUAACGGCGUGUUCUCCGCCUGCGAAGCAGAGAUUUGGGGGGAUACGGACAAUCGUGAGGGGGUUUCAGGGGAAGUAGGUGUGUCCUUAGUGACUUGAUUUGCGUUUUUGGUGUAGGGGUGGACUUGUGUGAUGCGCACGCUGGUGUGUCUUCGUUUUUUAUGCAUAUGCCCGUCAGGCUUUCGUUCAUGGCCAGGGCUUACUUAUUAGACGCUGUGUUGUGUGUUGUUGUGUUUCUUGCAUUUUUGACUGUAUUCUCUAUCGUUGUUGUCGUUGUCGUUUUUAUUGCUGUUGUUGUUGUUGUUGUAUGGUGCUUGCGAUAACUUACUUGUGUUUCGAUCGACAUUGUAACAUAUGCAUUUUUUGAUACUCGUUUGUAAUUUUAUUGAGUAACAAGUCGUUUCAGCUUU